AUGGCUAGACAACGGAAGAAGCUCCCAUCGCCAUUGGGAGAGAAGGAUAAUGAUGCAAGUUUAGUAACACCAGCUCAGGUACAAACAGGACGGUGGUUAACUGGUAUGGGCAGUGCCCCUAUAGUGUUUCAAAACCCAGCUCAAGGUGAGAAGAUAGUAACGCCAGAUACUGGGUUUCAACAGGAAUUGAGGCCUAUGACGUUUGGAAGCUUCCUACCACAAAAAUUUCAACCAAUCGUGGAGGAAAGUGAGAAUAAAAAGGGGGAAUCUACAAUGAAACCUGCUAUGAAGGAAAACACUGAAGUAGUUCAUCGCAGACUGAAUUUCUCAGCAACAGGGAAUGUGCAACCUACCAGAAAAAUUGGGAACAAAGAGGAGGAAGCGGUACCAUCUAGGUAUUACAAUAGGAGUUCUCAAAAGGGUAAGGCAUUGAAUUACAUACCCUCUAUUAUUCGCGAUGCUACUGUUGUAGUGCAAAUUGAUGAUGAAGAAACAAAAGAACAAGAGAAUUACUGGAGUACAACCCUAAUUGGCUAUAUUUUGGGGGAUAAUCCAUAUGAGAAAGCGAUGGAAAAUUACAUUGCAAAUGUCUGGGAUUUCGCUGACCAACCUCAAAUACUUUAUCGUGAUGAAGGAUAUUUUGUGUUUAGAUUCCAAAAUAUGGUAGAUAGGGACCUAGUUCUUCAUAAUGGUCCAUAUACAUACCACAAUAAACCUCUUAUUCUGCAGUGUUGGAGUGUGGAUUUCAAAUUUGACCCAAGCUGUAUGAAUAAAAUUCCACUAUGGGUCAAAUUUCUAGGUCUACCAUUGAGAUUCUGGGCCACAGAUGUAUUGAGCAAAUUAGGCAGUGCAGUGGGCAAACCUCUGUACACUGAUAAAUUUACUGCUGAGUUAGAGAAGAUAUCAUUUGCACGAGUAAUUGUUGAAGAUGAUAUAUCCCGACCCCUGCCAGACAGUGUGAAUCUCCAAACUUCUAGAGGGAUAAUCAAUCAACAAAUUGAGUACGAUUGGAAACCAAAGUUUUGCUGUGAUUGUGUAAGGUUUGGUCAUAACUCUGAAGACUGUUGGUUGAAGAACAAUCAGGAAGGGGGAGAAGAAAUUAGGAAGCAACCACAGAAAUAG